AUGAGCGAUCGACAAAACAGCGACAGCUAUGGAGAGGGCAAGUACAACAGCGGUAACCACAUGAGCGACCACCACCACAUCAGCAACAACCACAACGAUAGCAACAACCGCAACUACAACAGCAACAACCACAACAGCAACAGCUACGGAGAGAACGAGUCCGCCAAUCACGACGGCAAGAAUGACAACACCAACGAUGACAAGAACAGCAACAACGACAAGAACGACGACGACACCGAGGACAACAACAGAUACGAAGGUGGCCACCACACCAGCGAUUACCACAAGAGCGGUGGCUAUGGAGAAGCUAGCUACAACGGCGGCCACCACAACAGUGGUAGCUACGAAAAGUUGUAG